CCUAUCCUCAUUCCCACACCCGGUCAUUCUCGCCGUCGCCUCCAUGGCCAGAUCACUCCUCGCCGUCGCCGGUGGUCCUUCCCCGUCAUUUGCAGUCCAGCUCUCCAGUUGAUAGUUCGUAUCUAGUUCCCCAUUCCAGUUAAUGUCCCGACACCAAAGCAUUAGCAAAUGGCAACAGCAUUCUGGAAUCUCAACACUUGUGUCUCUGGUCUCACAAAGCUACAUUACUUCCGCCUCAGCAAGGAGCACGGAGUCCCCAAAAGGUCUUAUCUAGACACAAGAAGACUUUCUGGUUCGUGUCGUAAUGCUCAAGAGGCCUUCCUUGGGACUUUCAGGAGAGCAGAGGUCAGGCAUUGCACACGGGCAUCUGGCAACGAUGCUGAUUUGGGUAGUUUUCAUGCGGAGGGUGAUAAAAAACAGAGUGUUUCCAAGGCAACAUUGAUAUGGAGAGCAGUGAAGUUGCCCAUAUACUCUGUUGCGUUCAUCCCUCUCACUGUAGGUAGUGCAGCUGCUUAUUUAGAGACGGGCUUAUUUUCGUCGUGGCGUUAUUCUGUUCUUCUGAUUUCUUCUGUUUUUAUCAUCACAUGGCUCAACUUAAGCAAUGAUGUGUAUGAUUUCGAUACAGGAGCAGAUAAAAACAAGUUAGAAUCAGUUGUAAACCUGGUUGGUAGCCGUACAGGCACAAUUGUUGCUGCCUAUUUGCUACUUGUGCUCGGAUUCACGGGGCUUAGUCUGGUAUCAUUUGAAGCAGGAAAUUUGCGUGCAAUAUCAUUACUCGCAUCUGCAAUAAUUUUUGGCUAUAUAUACCAGUGCCCCCCAUUUCGGUUAAGUUACCAAGGAUUGGGGGAGCCAUUGUGCUUCGCCGCAUUUGGUCCAUUCGCCACUACAGCUUUUUAUUUACUGCAGGGAAGUGGAAGUAAAAUGAUGUAUCUUCCUUUCACUGGUCCAAUUCUUUCUGCAUCACUACUUGUUGGCAUUACGACAACCUUAAUUCUGUUCUGUAGUCACUUUCAUCAGAUUGAAGAAGACAGGGCAGUAGCAAAAAUGUCCCCUCUGGUUAUGCUUGGCGGCAAAAGAGGAUCAGGGAUAGUGCAAUUGGCAGUUACAGGACUCUAUGUUCUAGCUUUUGCUUUUGGACUUAGCCGGGCUCUUCCCAUUACUUGUAUUUUUUUCUGUGCCAUCACCUUACCAGUGGCAAGACUGGUGGUUCGCUAUGUUCAGGAAAACCAUAACGAUAAACACAAAAUAUUUAUGGCAAAGUAUUUCUGUGUGAGAUUGCAUUCUUUAUUUGGAGUUGCACUGGCUGCUGGACUAGUGGUAGCGAGAACAGCUCCUAAAAUUAGUAUUCCAAGGUUGGGAUUUUCAUAAUUUUGCUACCUGAUGGACUUUUAAUAGACAAAUGGAUGUUCCGAAAACUGUAAAGUAUGUGGAUGUUUUGGCAAUAGUAUCUGUACAUAUCUCAGUUACCCAAGUUCUUACUGCGCUCUGUUUGCGUAGUUUAUUUGUAUACUCUUUCAGUA